AUGUCAGGCAACGCGUCGUUGUCUGUCUGGAAUGAAGACGGUCCCCCUUUAGAUGAUCAAGGAUCUCCGGAACAAAAAAGCAAGAAUCCCCCGCCGCUUCCCACAUCAACACCUGUAGUGAAAUCGGCUGUUGAAGAGUCUCGCGAUGUUCCAACUGGUGAUUUGAUUCAAUUCGAGAGUGAAGAAGAACGAGUGAACACAGUGGACCCGACUGCUCCUACAACAGAAACGCCAGUUCCUAUGGAAGAGCAAUCGAUGGAAUCGAUUCUGCGUGGAUUUCUGAAAGAAGAAGAGUCGCUGACUGGACCAGAUUAUCAGAAACGAUUUUAUCAAAUUCGUAUCGAACAAGAAAGGUUGAAAAGUGAAUACUCAGCAGAUUGUGCGAACGCCCCUCGACAUUUGCCUAGGAACAGAUACCGAGACAUUCUACCAUAUGACCACAACAGAGUCGAAUUGGCAAAGGACAGCGAGAAUCCAGAAGGUUACAUGAACGCUUCUCUGAUUCAGCUACCUGGCGGAAAGACCAAUUUCAUUGCCGCGCAGGCUCCUUUGGAACUCACUCUUGGCGAGUGGUGGCAAAUGAUUGAUGAGCACAAUGUUCAUUUGGUUGUCAUGCUUUGUAAAUUGAUUGAGCUCAACAAGGUGAAGUGUGAACGAUACUGGCCAGAUACUAUCGGAGAAGUCGAAAUGUUCGGUUUGCUUGAAGUAACACUGGAAGAGGAGAAGCAUUUCCCGGAUGACGAGUAUCUUCUACGAGUUUUCAAAAUGGAGAAUCCGUCAACCGGCGAAACUCGGACAGUUCGUCAGUUGCAUUAUAGAGAAUGGCCAGAUCAUGGAUGUCCAUCUGGCGAGAAACAACUAUUGAAGAUGAUCGAUCACAUGGAGGAGCUGCACGAUCAGUAUUCCCCGGAGUCGCCGAUUCUCGUUCAUUGCAGCGCUGGUGUCGGAAGAACAGGAACAAUAAUUGCGAUCAAUUAUAUCAGAGAGCAAAUGAAAGCACAAAGUCUGACGGAAAUCGACAUUUUCGGAUUGGUGAUUGCUCUACGGAGACAGCGAGCAAGUAUGGUUCAAACCCAAGAUCAGUAUCAGUUUGUUCAUCGCUGCAUCGCUUCUUACUGUCGCAAGCACCUUGGAAUUGAGGAGCCGAAGCCUGAUAAUCUAGCUACACAGCUUCCUGUCGGUAGUAGUGGAACAGUCAAGCUAAUUGCUCCACCAACGCCAACAACAUCUGGUGAUCAACCUGCCAGUUCAACCGGAUAUCAGCCGGAUCCGAUGUUGGCAGGAAGUAUAGUCGAAGACGAGAUGGACGCCACCAAUGUGCCGGAUUUUCCGAACGAGCCGCCUGCCCCACAGGGGCCGGAGGAUCUGGGCAACAGUGCGGCAAUGCUUUAA